AUGGCUAUAGACCCGUCUCCACACCCCGCCGAAGCAAGUCUCCCCACUCUGCACAAACUCGGGUUCUCGCUUCCAAACGACCCAAAUGCAGACCCAAAGCUCGUCGCUUCAAACCAUCUCUCCUCCAUUUCCCAAGCGCAGGCGACGGCCAUAGCAGAGGCAUGGCUCAACAACGCUUUCAUGCGCGGGGAGGAUACCAAUUCCACUCCAGGCCUGGGUUCAUACUGGCGGGACGUUUUAGCCCUAACCUGGGACUAUCGGAGUUUCGAGAACUCGUCAAGGAUCAGGAAAUUCCUGAACGACAGAUUGGAGAACGCAAAGCUCAGUAACAUUCAAUUGGCAGGAAUCGAUGGAACCAAAGCGGACCCGAGCUUAAAAGACGCUCCACCACCCCAAUUCCAACAACUCUUCCCCGAUGUAGCCUGGAUCCAAUUCUUGUUCACGUUCGAUACCAAAGUCGGAGGAUGCCAUGGUGUCGUAAGGCUGGUCCCUCAAAUUCAGAAAGGGGGUGGAGGAGACGUGACAGUCGUAUGGAAGUCCUUCACCAUCCUGACCGUUUUGAUGUCUCUUCACGGUCAUCCGGAACGCAGGGGACCCAACCGCGCAUUCUACCCUCACAACGAGACGGAAACCCCGACCACACCAUGGGAGGAACAGCGAAAAUCCAUCGUAGACGGAUUCUCCACACCGACCAAAGAAAGGAAGAAUCCAACAGUUCUGAUCAUCGGAGGUGGUCAAUCUGGGCUGACCGUUGCCGCGCGCCUCAAGUACUUGGGGGUUGAUGAUGCCCUGGUGGUCGAAAAGAACGAGCAUGUUGGGGACAUGUGGAGACAAAGAUACGAGGCCUUGUGUUUGCACGAUCCAGUCUGGUACGACCACCUGCCAUACAUUCCUCUACACUCCAGCGCAGAAGGUAUGAUUAUAAUCCUCCCGAUCGAGUUCCCUUCCCAGUCUGAGGAUUUGUGGAGCUGGCGAACUGGCUGCGAUCAGCAGGAGCAUACCUUGACAGUAAAGCAUGUGGUGUUUGCAGCUGGGUUCGUUGGAGGAGCGUACAUGCCUGACCUCCCAGGAAAGGACAAGUUCAAAGGAACCGUUUUGCAUUCGUCCCAACACAAGUCAGCGCUUGACCACGCCGGAAAGAAAGUGCUAGUGGUUGGAGCCUGUACCUCCGCUCAUGACCUUUGUCUCGACUAUGCUCGCCACGGAAUCACCCCGACAAUGUACCAACGUUCGUCGACCUACAUCAUCUCCGGAACUGCAACGCGCGUGCUUCUGAGCGGACUGUAUUCGGAAACCGCUCCGCCAACAGACAUCGCUGAUCUCUUGAACAUGAGCCUGAUGUGCAACUGGGGUUUGGCAGGAGUGAACAGAAGAGUUGCGGUGUCGCUUUCGAGUGAGGGAGGGGUCGACGAGGAGUUGAUUAAGAAGUUGAACGAGAAGGGGUUCAGGACGAAUCAUGGGUUCAGAGGGACAGGGCUGUUUGGGUUGGUGUGGGAUAAGGGUGGAGGAUAUUACUUUGACUUUGGAGCGAGCCAGGCCAUCAUCGAUGGUCGUAUCAAAGUGCGAAGUGGAAACGGGAGCGUAGUCGCGUUCACCCAAAACGGCGUGAGGUUCGAGGAUGGCAGCGAAGAGCAGGCGGACGUCGUCGUCUUCUGCACUGGGCUGGCGAAUGCGCGCACUGGCGUUAUCUCAGAGAUUUGCGGGAAAGAAGUCGCAGAGACGGCCACAGAGAUUUGGGGAUUUAAUGCUGAAGGCGAGAUCAGAGGUGUUUGGGCAGAGAUCGGACACGAAGGACUGUGGAACAUGAUGGGGAAUUUGGGAAUGUGUAGGAUCCAUUCUAGGCAUGUCGCGCUGCAAAUCGUUGCCCGAGAGAAUGGAAUCUUCAGACCAGAAGACAGGUACAGCCUGCAGUAG